GGCUGCACCAGCUCUUCCUCUCCUCUCUUGAAUCUUUCCGAUCACUUGUGCUUCUCUAACGAAAAUGCAUCUCCUAGGCAUCUUGUCACUUCUGGGACUACUGGCGGGGGUACUGGCUCAGGUCAAUGUGGUUCGACCUCUGUGCGACUCCCCUGAGGCAGAAGAAGCUGCUCUGGUGGCUCAGGAUUACCUCAAUGCCCAGCACACUCACGGCUACAAGUAUAUACUGAACAGGAUCGAGGACAUCAAGAUCUACACUCAGCCUAAUGGAGACAACACCUAUGUGCUGGAAAUCGACCUGUUGGAGACAGACUGUCAUGUGUUGGAUCCCACACCUCUUGCCAAUUGCACAGUCCGGCCAAAAGUAUUGACGGCAGUAGAAGGAGACUGUGAUGUGGUGCUGAAGAGGGUCGGUGGAGCUCUGACUGUUACAGCAUUCAAGUGUAAAACAGAAGAAUCAACCGAGGACAUGUGCCUGGGCUGUCCCACCCUCCUUCCCCUGAAUGACACCAUGGCACUGGACUUUGUCCAAGCCUCACUUGCAACCUUCAACAACAUGACUGUGGACUUAAAGUACAUAAUUAUGGAAGUUGGAAGGAUGUCAUCACAGAUUGUGUCUGGCGGGCCAAUCUUUUUAGCAGAAUAUAUUGUAGUUGAGGCAAAUUGCACUGAUGAUGCCUGUGUGCCCCUGAAUGACGCCAUGGCUUCACGUGGUAUUUGUGCUGCCAGAGGUUUGAGUGCUGUUCACACAGUGGAAUGCAAGAUGUUUUCAAAUCUGGUGCCCGUUGUCGAUGCCAACAGCACUGCAGCUGCAGCUCCUGCCACGCUACCAGUGGUCCACGUACACACAGGCAGCCAGUCACCAGGGCUUGGUCUGAAGCACCAUAAACUGACUCGUCUCCAUGACCCUCAUAUGAGUGGCUUUCUGUCUGCAGAAUCAGCAGAGUCAGCUGAAGUUGUACCUGUAGUCUUUGCAGCGGCUGAUGCCGGUGCAGCUGCAUCUGCAACAGCUGCACCGGCUGAGCCAGCUGCUGCUGAUCCUGCUCUACCUGUAGACACUAUAUCAACCUCAGAUGCCUCAGUCAGUGCCGAGGUCCCUCUUGUUGUGGUGAAGAGAGAGGUUCUUGCCGUACCCAACGCUGCAGUGGUUGACAAUCCUGCAACCCCAGUAGAUCCCCUUUUUCUUGUACCAGUGUGCCCAGGAAGGGUCAGAUUCUUUUAAGUGUUCAGGUCCCAAAGACUCUCUACAUGUCCUGCCCUUAGCUACACUGGCACUAGGGUAAUUCAAAACUGAUAGAUAAAUGUCGUAGGUAGAUGCAACAACUAUACACUUCCUACAAAUAAAGAAUAACCCAUUACUUGAAAUUGUCAAAUCACACAAGAGCAUUAACAUUGCAUAACUCUUGAAAUUUCUGUGAAAUAUAUAAGGAUCUGCAUUCAAUGCUGCUUAAUAAAUCUCUCAAGUCAAA